AUGGACGUAGGCCCCACGAAGCUCGAUUACUACGAAGACAUGUUCAAGCUCCAAUCCGAGGCCACGAUCCUCUCUUACGUCAAAGGCGAUGAUGGUAGGCACGCUUUGGUAUUAGAUCGUACGGUGUUUCACCCGCAAGGUGGAGGUCAACCUGCGGAUUUAGGGUUCAUCGCCAUUGCUGAUUCCGACUUCAAGUUCGUCGUCCAAGAUGUACGGUCCAAAGACGGCAUUUUAUUUCACUACGGGUUCAUCAAAAAUUCGACCGAGGAAGCAGAUUCUAUGUUUGAGAAGGGGAAGGAAGGUCUGUUGUAUGUUGAUGAGUCAAGGAGAAAGCUAAAUUCCAGGCUACACUCAGCAGGUCAUUUGUUGGAUGUGUGUAUGAAAAAUGUGGGAUUAGGACAUUUAGAGCCAGGAAAAGGCUAUCAUUUCCCUGAUGGGCCUUUUGUCGAAUACAAAGGCACGGUUCCACAGACUGAAUUACAGAAGGAACUGGAGCUAGACAUUAAUAAAUUAAUAUCAAGAGGAGGGAAAGUUUGUGCUGCUGUUUUACCAUAUGAAGAAGCUGCUGAAAUGUGUGGUGGUUGCCUUCCUGAUUACAUUCCAAAGGGCAGCACGCCUCGCAUUCUGAGGCUUGGAGACUACCCCGGCUGCCCGUGUGGCGGCACCCAUGUUUCUGAUAUUUCAGACAUCAUAAGUGUUACAGUAUCUCAAAUUCGAACGAAGAAAGGACUUACAAAGGUCUUUUACAAUGUUGGAUCGUAA